AUGAACAUGGCCGGAAAGGUCAACAAGUCCAAGGCUUCACCGUCCACUCCCCACCCGAAUCCCGAGGCGCCUCAGAAAGAAGCACCUAGUACACAGAUGGACCCGAGGGCUUAUGCCGAGCUGUUGAAAGAAGCUGGCAACCAGGUUUUUCGGAAUGGGAACUUCUUUUUGGCCAUCAGAAAGUACGAUGAAGCCAUCCAGAUUCUCCUGCAGUUAUACCAUUGGGGGGUCCCUCCUAGGGACUUGGCUGUGCUGCUGUGCAACAAAUCCAAUGCAUUUUACAGUCUUGGGAAAUGGAACGAGGCCUUUGUGGCUGCCAAGGAGUGUCUCCAGUGGGAUUCGACGUACAUAAAGGGAUAUUACAGGGCUGGUUACUCCUUGCUGCGAUUGCUCCAGCCUUAUGAAGCUGCUCGCAUGUUUUUUGAGGGUCUGCGCCUUCUACAAGACAACCAAGAGCAGUCCCAGGUUGCUGAUUUCCUUGUUGGAAUCUUCACCACUAUGGGCAGUGAUCCCAUUGUUUUGCAAAGUUUCUUGCCCUGCUUUGAUCAUAUUUUCUCUACUGGAUUCUCAGCAGAAGUGUGGCAAUCCGUAAUAGAAAAAUUGGCAAAGAAAGGAUUGUGGCACUCAUUUCUACUUCUGUCAGCGAAAAAGGAUCGACUACCAAGGAAUAUCCAUGUCCCAGAGUUAUCACUGAAAAGUCUCUUUGAGAAAUACGUCUUUAUUGGACUUUAUGAGAAACUGGAACAAGUACCCAAGUUAGUCCAAUGGCUCAUCUCCCUGGGUGCAAAUAUUGAGACCAUAGGCCCGUACCCGCUUCAUGCCCUCAUGCGGCUCUGCAUCCAGGCCAAGGAAAACCAUCUUUUCAGGUGGUUGAUGGACCACAGACCUGAGUGGAAAGGCCGCAUCAACCAGAAGGAUGAGAACGGCUGCACGCUCCUGCACCUGGUGGCCGCCCCCUCCCCGGGGUACUUCACCAAGCGACAAACAGAGGAUGUGCAGAUGUUGCUGCGCUUUGGGGCGGACCCCACCCUGGUGGACUGCCAGUCCCGGUCUGCUGUGGACAUCCUCAAGAGGAAUAAGAACUUCAGAGCCAUUGACAAAAUCAACAGUCACUUGGAAAAGCUGGCUGCGUGUUCUAAGGACCUAUCAGGACUAAGCAAUGGUGAGGGACCCGCAAAUGAAAGCAACAUUUUCCGGAGAACCUUGGAGCAGCUGGUGAAGUACAUGAACUCUGGAAAUGGGUUCUCGCAUAAAAACUUUCUGAAGCAAGAAGUGGUUCAGAGGUUCUUACGCCACCUUUCUUUUCUGCAAGAAAUUCCUCCUGACCUGGUCUGUGACAUUAGUGGUGAUUGUGCCAACGCCUGCAUCAAGUUUUUACUGGAAAAGCACAAGUGGCCAGAAGUGCUCCUGCUGCUGACCCGCAAAGUGAGCGGGGAGCCCCCGCUGGGAGAGGGCUUCAUCCGAGACUACAACUUCUCAGACCUCGACCUCUGUUCCUUCAUCCUCCACCUCAGCGCCUGGGACCAGCGGAGGACCCUGCUCCUCCGCCACCUGAUAGAUGGCGGAGCCUUGCCCCAGGGUCUUGGGGACCACCAGGAGAGGCCGAUCACCAUGUGCCUACAACGUGAGGACUUCGAGUUGGCUUUUCUACUCUUGACUAAGGGUGCAGAUCCCCGUGGCAUUUCUCUCAGGGAAGGGGAUACUCCUUUGCAUGCUGCACUCCACGUCUUUUUAGAAAAGAAAGCUGACAUCGGCUUUGACUUCCUCAGCCACUUGUUGGAUCUCUACUGGUCCAACCCCAGCGAAUUUUUCUACCUCAACCCCAACACCCAGGACAGCAAUGGGAACACACUAAUGCACAUCCUCUUUCAGAAGGGCAAGCUGAAGCGCAUGAAGAAGCUGCUGGAGCUGCUGGCGAGGUUUGACAUCAACCUAAACCUGAAGAACAAAGAAGGCAAAGAUGUGCGGCACCGGGUUAAGAAGAAUGACGCUCUGCUCCUGGCUUGGAACAAAGCGGUGAUGGACAACAGGCGCAGGAACCGGCAGGACGCCUCUGCCCACCCAGGGAAGCUCGCGAGGCCCUCCACCCCUGGCCACAUACCUCAGCUCAAGUCCCAAGGUUCACUCAAGUCAUCACCAUGCAACGUCCCUGCCAAAUCCCAGCCCAAAAGAGCUGUGGUCCCAGAUAGCUGGGAGACGCCCCCUGAUGCCCAGGUGACCAGGCAGGAGCCUGGUGACAUCGGGCCCUGCUCUCUGAGAGACCGCCUUAUACAGGACAUCACGGUGCUGAUUCAGCAGGUUGAACUGGAUGGGUCCCUCCCAGAGGACUGUCCUCAGGGCUCCCAGCCAAUGGAGGCAGGGGCUGGCAUGGAAGUAGACAGAGACCAGUUCCAGCGAACCCUGGGGGCAGUGGGCUCUGACUGCAGUGGGAGUAUCCCUGCCAUCCUUGACGCAGGGGAGGGAUGUGCUCAGGCAGGCUUCAGGGCCACACAUCCGGUUCCUGAGUGUCUCACAGGGAGGGAGAGCUGCCAGGACCGGGAGGACCAGAGCAUGCAGGAGAUCGAGGCCUGCUUCCAGGACUUCGAUAACAUGACCUGGGAGAUCGAGUGCACUUCAGAAAUGCUCAAGAAAAUGUCCAGCAAGGGAAUGUCUAAGGUGAUGAAGAAGAAGAUUAUCCUGGCCAUCCAGCAGCUGGGGAAUGGCGAGUGGACCCAGAGCCUGCAGAAGCGCCUCAAGCAUCUAAAAGGAAACAUCCAUCUCUUUGAGGCCAAACUGGACAAAGGAGCCAGGAUGCUGUGGGAACUGGCCAUCGACUUCUCCCCUAGAUGCAGCGAGAACCCAGAAAAGAUCAUCACCCUGGAGAGGAACUCAUAUUCCACAGAGAAAUCAGGACGGGUCUACACCGAAAUCAUCCGGAUCUGGGACAUUGUCUUGGAUCACAACAAACUGUCAGACUCUAUCAACGCCAUCUGCAGUGCCUACAACCGAGGCUUGGCCUGCAUCCUGCGCAAGAAACUGAAGGGCAUCAACAAAGGCCUGGUCAGCACGAAGACUCAAAGGCGGAUACCGCGCUGCUACGUGGAGGACACCGAGGCAGAAAGGAGCAGCAAGCAGGUGGAGCCGGAGUACUUCCCCCCCGCCAGCGCCGUGAAGACAGAGUACAACAUCAUGAAGUUCCACAGCUUCAGCACCAACAUGGCCUUCAACAUCCUCAACGACAUGACGACCACAGUGGAGUACCCCUUCCGGGUGGGGGAGCUGGAAUACUCGGUGAUCAACCUCAACCCCAAGCCGCUGGAGCCCAUCAUCCUCAUUGGCCGCAGUGGUACUGGCAAGACAACUUGCUGCUUGUACAGGCUGUGGAAGAAAUUCCACAAUUACUGGGAGAAGGCUGAGCAAGCGGGAAGCCCGCUGCUGGCCAAACAGCUCUGGGUGAAGAGGAGGUUGGAAAUGGAACCCAUAAAGGAGGAUCUGGGUGGAGAGGAAGAGGAGGAGGCUGAGGAUGAGGAAGAAGAAGGUUCCAUCGAAGUGGAACUAGCCGACAGCAUAGAUGAGGAGCAGGAGAGCGAUUCCUGUACAGGGGGAGCCAGCGGGGAGGUAGAGGGACAUGGCCAAGUGGCUGAAGUCUGUGCCCCGGAAGGCUGCGCCCCAGAAGACUGCGCCCCGGAAGACCGCGCCCCGGACAGCUCCCACCAGCUGGAGCAUUUACAUCAGAUCUUUGUGACCAAGAACCACGUAUUGUGCCAGGAGGUGCAGAGGAAUUUCAUUGAGCUUUCCAAGUCUACCCAGGCUACCAGUCACUACAAGCCCUUGGAGCCCAACGUUCACAGACUCCAGGACCUGAAGGACGAGAACUUUCCCCUGUUUGUCACCUCCAAGCAGCUGCUGCUCCUCCUGGAUGCCUCACUGCCCAAACCGUUUUUCCUAAGGAACGAAGAUGGCAGCUUGAAAAGAACCAUCGUAGGGUGGUCCACGCAGGAGGAGCUGACCAUCCCCAACUGGCAGGAGGAGGAGGAGGGGGAGGCAGAAGGGGACUAUACUGAGGAGGAGAAAGCCACGGAACCGCGGCAGGGUGAGUGUGACCCCCGGGUGUACGUGACAUUUGAGGUGUUCGCCAGUGAAAUAUGGCCCAAAAUGAAAAAAGGGAAAACUUCCUACAACCCCGCACUGGUUUGGAAAGAAAUAAAAUCCUUUCUAAAGGGGUCUUUUGAGGCCCUCAGCUGCCCCCAAGGGAGACUGACAGAAGAAGCCUACAAGAAGUUGGGGAGGAAACGGUCUCCCAAUUUCAAGGAAGACCGGAGCGAGAUCUAUGGCCUCUUCUGCCUAUACCAGCAGAUCAGGUCUCAGAAAGGUUACUUUGACGAAGAGGAUGUUCUCUACAACCUCUCCCGGAGGCUCUCGAAGGUCCAGGCACUCCCGUGGUCCAUCCAUGAGCUCUAUGGUGAUGAGAUCCAAGACUUCACUCAAGCCGAGCUGGCACUGCUGAUGAAGUGCAUCAAUGACCCCAAUGCCAUGUUCCUCACUGGGGACACGGCGCAGAGCAUCAUGAAGGGUGUGGCCUUCCGCUUCAGCGACCUGCGCUCCCUGUUCCACUACGCCAGCAAGAGCACCUCCGACAAGCAGUGCGCAGUCCGUAAGCCCAAGAAGAUCCACCAGCUGUACCAGAAUUACCGGUCGCACUCGGGAAUUCUCAAUCUGGCAUCUGGAGUGGUGGACUUACUCCAGUUCUAUUUUCCGGAAUCUUUUGACCGUCUUCCGAGGGAUGCUGGCCUUUUCGAUGGUCCCAAACCAACUGUCCUGGAGUCUUGCAGUGUAAGCGACUUGGCAAUUUUGCUACGAGGGAAUAAAAGGAAAACCCAGCCCAUUGAAUUUGGAGCCCAUCAGGUUAUCCUCGUAGCCAAUGAAAUCGCAAAGGAGAAAAUUCCAGAAGAGCUGGGCUUGGCACUCGUACUAACAGUUUAUGAAGCAAAAGGCUUAGAAUUUGAUGAUGUUCUCCUUUACAACUUUUUCACUGAUUCUGAGGCUUACAAGGAGUGGAAGAUCAUUUCUUCCUUUACCCCUUCAUCAUCUGACUCCAGAGAGGGAAACCAGCCAUUGAUCCAAGUGCCUCUGGAGAAACCCAGCUCCUCUCAGGGCCGGUCUGUCGUGGUGAAUCCAGAAAUGUACAAGCUUCUCAACGGGGAGCUGAAACAGCUGUACACAGCCAUCACACGGGCUCGGGUCAACCUCUGGAUCUUUGACGAAAACCGGGAGAAGCGGGCGCCAGCUUUUAAAUAUUUCACUCGAAGAGAUUUUGUUCAGGUCGUGAAGACAGAUGAAAAUAAAGACUUGGACGACAGCAUGUUUGUGAAGACCUCGACCCCGGAGGAGUGGAUUGCGCAGGGGGAAUACUAUACCAAACACCAGUGCUGGAAGGUUGCAGCUAAAUGUUACCAGAAAGGAGGUGCCUAUGAGAAGGAGAAACUGGCACUGGCCCACAACACUGCCCUGAACAUGAAGUCCAAGAAAGUCAGCCUCAGGGAAAAGCAGAUGGAGUAUUUGGAACUGGCUAAGACCUACUUAGAGUGCAGAGAGCCACAGUUGUCCCUGAAGUGUCUGAGCUACGCCAAGGAGUUCCAGCUCUCUGCCCAGCUGUGUGAGAGGCUGGGGAAGAUAAGAGAUGCUGCCAAUUUCUAUAAACGAAGUCAGUGCUACAAAGAUGCCUUCAGAUGCUUUGAGCAGAUUCAGGAAUUUGACCUCGCGCUCAACAUGUACUGCCAAGAGGAGCUUUUUGAGGAAGCUGCAGUUGCCGUGGAGAAGUAUGAGGAAAUGCUACAGACCAAGACUCUCCCCAUGUCCAAGCUCUCGUAUUCUGCCAGUCAGUUUUACUUGGAAGCCGCAGCCAAGUACCUGAGUGCAAACAAGAUCAAGGAGAUGAUGACUGUCCUCUCUAAGCUUGACAUAGAAGACCAGCUGGUGUUCCUCAACUCCAGGAAACGCCUGGCAGAAGCUGCAGACCUGCUGAACAGGGAAGGUCGGAAAGAGGAGGCUGCUUUGCUGAUGAAGCAACAUGGCUGCCUCCUGGAAGCCGCCAAGCUCACCGCCGAUAAGAGCUUCCAAGCCUCAUGUCUGCUGGAGGCCGCCCGGCUCAAUGUGGCCAGGGGUUUGGAUGUGGAGCACACCAAAGCCAUCCUGACAGAGGCGCUGGAUCUCUGCUGUCAAACCAACCAGCAGUCUGGCAUUGCUGAGGCCCACUUCCUGCUGGGAGUGAUCCUUAGAGACUUUCAGAAGCUCAAGGACGCCUUCAUCAAGUUUGACAGGCUCAACCACUCGGCUGGAGUGGUGGAAGCUCUCUACCAUGCUGCCAGCCAGUGUGAGGUUGAGCCUGAGAAGGUCCUGGCCUUGGCUCCAGGGGGCCUGGAGGUCCUCCUCAAUCUGGUCAGGGCCCUCAAAUGUGUGAAUAACAAUGCUGAGAAGGAAAUGGUCAAGUCCUGCUUUGAGUUUUUUGGGAUUUCGCAGGUGGACCCCAAAUAUUGCCAGAUAGCUCAGAAUGAUCUCGGCCCCAUAUUAAGAAUCAUUUUUGACUUGGAUUUGAACUUAAGAGAAAAGAAAACCAAAGACCAUUACAUGAUCAUGACUGACCAAGUCAAAUUAGCCCUAAACAAACAUCUCUUAAGCAGGCUCUGUCAGAUCACACAGAGCCUGCUCAGAAAGACCUGCCCCGGGGUCUGCAUGAGGUUUAUUGUCGGCUUAAAAUGUAAGAAUGAGAACUGUGAAGAUUUGCACAGGCCUUUGCUGCGUUGCGAGGCCAAGCAUCUGGUUCAGUCCAGAAUACACCUGGUGGCAAUCAAUGGCUUGCUUCUGGAAGCCAAAAAAGUAUUCCCUAAAAUCUUAGCUAAAGAGCUUGAAGAAAUCGAUUAUAUUUUGUCUGCGGAUAUGUUUGGCCUUUGCAAAUCCUUCCUGGACGUGGUCUUCCCCAAGCAUUUUCAUCAGAGAGUGUUGUCAGAAAACCCCGUGGCGUGCAAGGAAAUACUCUGGCCCAGUUCCAAGUCCUUCCGUUCCUACAGGGUUGCUCUGAAAGGCUACGUCCACUUCCUGUUCCAAAACUCAAGGGCUCGCAGCCGCCGGGAGUCGACAGACCUGUGGCUGAGCGCCAUGCAGGCCUUCCUCCUCUCCUCCAGCUACCCCGAGGAGUUUGAAAAGCUCCUUCACCAAGAAGAGGAUGACUUUGACAGGGAGCUCAAAGCCCUGGAGUCUGAAAAAAAGGAAAGGGGCCGGGCGAGAGGCAGCAGGAUGAAAGGCAUAGAAGGGAAGUUUGGCAUGCUGGUGCCCAACAGGGAAGACGAGAGCGCCGAGAAGACCCACCUGUGCUUCAUCCGGCUGCUGGAGAACUGCAUCAACCAGUUGUAUGUGUAUAGGAACCCAGAAAACUACAAGAGGCUCUUUUUCCGUUUCAUGAACGUCCUGGUGAAGCGGUGCAAAGAGCCGCUCAUCCCCAGCAUCGGCAACACCGUCGCCCUGUUGGAGUUACAGUUUGUCCACUGUGGGGUGGUCCUGGCCCGUCUCUGCAAGAAUGCCACCCUGUGCCUCCCCAAGAGUUACAUUGCGCUCUUGCACUACUGGGAGUUCCUGCUCAGCAAGAAGGACAAGCAGCUGGGGGAUGUGUUCGCCAUCAUUCAGGAAUAUAAACCUAGGGACCUGUCCAGAGCCAUUCAGAAUUUCCGGUUCCACCUCUCCUAUCUCGUCAAGGUGCUAUGUGGCUACGAGAACAGGCACUUCAACGUCCUGCUCGAUGCCUUCAGCGAAAUAGACUACGUGGUCUCAGGGGAGGCUGAGCGGACCCUGGUGCUGUGCUUGGUGAUGCUGGUGAACGCCGAGGAGGUUCUGCAGUCGUCCUGCAAGCCCUGUCUGUACUGCCACUUCCAGGAGAUGGAAGCCCGGCUGCAGCAGAUGAGCGUGGUCUGGCCGGACCAGGUUCCAGAGAGGCUGCUGAAAGCAGUGACGCGGGUGUUGAAGGCCGGCACUGCGAAGGCCGUGGCCGAGGCUCUGCAGGACCUGCUCCGUGAGCGGGAUGAAGAGUACCUGCUGGACUGCCGCUGGCGGUGGGACAGCGUGCACGCCAAAGGGCCCACGACCCGUGGCCUCUAUUACGAGGAGGUCAGACUGAAUCGCCUACUCUCCGUGGGGCCCGUGGACAACUUGAUGGAACUGGAGUAUGAGUUUGGCCAGGGAGAGUCGGAUGAGUUGGCACUGGAAGACCGAGACCCCCUGCUGGCCGACAUCUUCUCCCAGAGGCAACGGAAAGCAUCCCUGCAGCGGAAGCUGAGACGAGUGUGCCUGGUGGUGUCCCUGUGCAUCAGCUGGAGGAGGAGGGUGAGCGCCCAGAGGGAGCACUUCAGGGAGGAGAGCAGGGAGCCCGGGGCCAGGAACUUCAAGAAGGCCGACGUGGACUGCACGCAGUGCGACCUGUGCGGAGUGAAGUUCACCCGCAGUCCCGAGAGCUACUUCAGCCCCGGUGCCGACUUUGACGGAGCGGCUUCGGGGGUGGUGGCCCUUUCCGGCGCCGAGCCGGAGGACAGGGAAGGUCAGGAGCGGAGCAGCGGGUCUUACGAGCAGCACGUCCUCCUGGAGGAUCACCAGAGGCAGCAGGUGGCCUACCAGGAAUACUUUAAGUUCUUCUGUGACAUGGUGGACCCGGCCGUGGAGGAAGGCAAGCUGGUGGUGGAGGACAUUGAGCAGAGCGUGUGGCUGCACAGUCACCUGGGCUCCAAGGAGCGCAGCCGCGUGCUUCAGAGGAAGGUGCAUGAGAACAUCCAGAAGGUUUUGGACACGGUGGACUAUCUCUACAGGCAGAAGGCCUGGGCUGAUGCCGUGAAGAUCAUGACUGGGCUGAUCAACAUUCUAAUUCCUUCCAUCCACGACGCCCGGGACUGGCUGAGGAAAACAGAGCUCCACCUGAAGGAGGAAGGUGUUGUCCAGGAAGAUGAUUAUGAAAAUGAAGUUGAGGACUUCCGUGAACUCUGUCCGAGAAAACGUUGGCAGAAACGUGGAAACCAGAGAAAACAUUAACAUCUCCACAGCUGCUGCCUCUGAAACCUUCAGAACAUUCCAUUCGGACAUAGAUUUGUGAGCUCCUACGCAGAAGAGAAAAAGACUGUCCACUAGCUUUGAAAAGUAGGGGAGCCUAACAACCCCUUUGCUUUUUGCUAUUUCUCUCUCGGUGGCGUUGGGUCCGAUUGCUCCCACAGCUGCUGGGACCGCUUAAUAGUUUUCAAGUUGAAGUGUUCGCUCCCCUAAAACAUGUUCAGAGUGGAGGAACCAUAGCUGACGGGCUCCUCACCUGAACCCCCAGGUGCUCUGGCUCAUCACCUUCAUGACAUGGGCCAGCAGCAGGGACACCCUCGCCUCAGAGUUACUGCCUCCCGGGGCCAGGAAAUCCCUUUGUGGGUCCCUCAUCUCCUUUCCCGCUGCUGCAGCGCUGCAUAGCACAGAGCUGUGUGUCCCAGGUUCCAUGUGGGCCCUACCGCUGGCCGCCCCUGGCCCCAGGCCACACUCUGGUCAUCUCCGAGCUGACUUGUAGUGUGGUCCCUUCCAUUGUACCUGUGAGCCUUCACGCUCUGUGUCACUUGGCCGCCCUCCACCCCGCCCAUUCUUUUGUGACCAUUCUUCUCAGUGACCUGUGCAAGUCAGGCUUAGGCUAUCUCGGCCUGUAGUUAAGAAUUUCCCCAGUGUCCUGCGGGCAUCCAGCCUUAAAACUUCACUCAGAAGGGAAGGCUGGGGAGCAUCACUGGGGAGUGUCCAGCCUGCCUCUCCAGGGUCUGCUUUGACUGUGCUGCAGACACUCCACAAAGUGUAUGUCGUCCCCUUGUCUGGUUUCCUUGGCUCUCCCUGGCAGCUUUGCCACCCUAGCUUGGGCUGACAUUCCAAGGGCUUGUACCCACUGAUCUGCAGGGACAAGUGGACGUAGGAGGAAGCCAGCCUUCCUGUGCCCACCCACAGGGAUUUGGCUGUGAAUCACUGCCCCGUGGCUGGUAGGCCGUGUGGGAGGAGGGCAAAGAGGGUGUGGGGCUGUUUGCUGCAGGCUGUGGUUCCUGCUGAGCCAGAGCCCAUUGGGAUGAGUCCACUUAGGAAGCCUUCCUGCCUCCCUCAUGGCUACCAACCCCUCCCACCCCUCAGCCAGCCCACUGUGACAGGUCAUGCUCUUGUGGGUCCAUCCUGUUUACUUACCACAACAGAAACAACUUUUCUCCUCCUGUUGCUGCUCAUUGUUUUCUUUUAUUGUCUUUCUAAAUGACUAUUUCCUUGAAUUGUUUACGUGUCUGAUUUUUAUUAAGUUACGUCUCCCAUUUUUAUUCUAGGUGUUUUUAGGUGUUUUUUAUAA